GCAUGUGAGUUAGAGAGUACGGAAAUCAGGGUACAAUGGCAUUAUGCCUGCACUUCACCAAGUUAAAGGGCAACAAAAAGGCUGGGAAAUGUCCUUCCUCCUAAUUCUACUGGCUGCUGUGUAUGCUGGAACUGUGAAUUCCAAAGACAAUAGCUCUUCUAGCAAAGGCCUUGAGGAUGACUUAUCUUGGAAUGAUGUUGAGAAGGAUAUCUCGCUUCUAAAUAAUGGUUCAGUGGACCUGGAAACUGAAAUCCCACCUGAACAUUUUGAAGUACAUUUGAACGUCAGCUUGGGCAGAUUUUACUCCGAUACACCAGAUGGCAAUCUAACCUCUGCUCCGAAUGGGCUGCAUCCUCUCUUAUCUGAUUAUAACAUCUACUUAGUAAUUGCUAUUCCUCUUGUGCUUCUAUUAAUACUAUUGGCAGUUGUGACUGGAGUGAUGAUUAAACGCCGUAAAGGAAAUACAGUGUCUUUAGCCUACAAGAAGGAUUUUGAUCAGCCACCUGAUGAUGACACAGAUGCUGUGAAGAUAGGAAGCCCUUUAUUUGAGGAUGACAUCCCCUCUGUUCUGGAACUGGACAUGGAGGAUCUAGAAAAAUGGAUGGAUACUCCAAAGAAACCUUCUGAGAGUGAUGGCUUGUCGUCUGUAAAAGAAGAAACCGAUUCCAAACUCAGUGAGUAGGGAUCAUGAAGCAGUUUAAAUGGUUUCUUCUUCGUCAUCCAUAGCUACGGUUUUGUAUUCAAAUAAUGGUACAAACAGUUCUUCUUGAAAGGAUUGUACAUCAAGAUGUGUUGUAAUUGAUAUUGGAAUUCUGUUACUUUUUAGUUCUGUGUGCAAUAGGUCAACUAAAGAACAAUUAGUUGAUCAUCAAUUCUUGAGUGAACCUUAAAGAGUAAGUAGUGGGGUUCUAAGUUAUAAGUCCCCACAUGUUGCUACAACUGU